ACAUGCGCUACAUACCCACUGUUACACUUGUUCGACAAAGGUUGCUUCAAUAUUGUCGACGGUUCUUUUUUUCCUUUACCUUUUUGAUACGUCUUUAUGCUUUCAACGAUUUGUAAUGCUCGCAUCUCUGGCACAUACAUCGUUGGACGAGUGGUGUCGUUUUGGACAUUUACAUCUUCCUGCAUUGUACCCCUACCUCUUUUCUCUCCCUAUGCAUACCCCAUACCCUCAUACCCUCUCCCCCUUACACCUUCUACUUCCUCUACUUUCAUAAUGUAUAUUCUGAGGCAGUUGAACGGCUCGAACAAGGCCAUCUACAUAGCCUGGGGGGAGUGUGUUUUUCUGCAACAUUGACGAGCGAGCUUAGAUACAUGACAUAAAAUGCAAAGCCCUUUCAUACUGUUCUUUAAAGCGAGUGAUGCUGCGGGAUCAAUUACUC